AUGCAUUAUUUACCAACAAUUUAUAUUGUGUUUCUUGGUUUUGCUGUCUUAAUUGUUGACUGUAAUGUAGUGAACACACAAAAUGGAAUAAACAAUGUUAAUCUUGAUUGUUCAAAAUUUAAACCAGAUCUAGAUGUACUUCGAUCUUUCUCAUAUACGGUACAACUUAAUCCACUUAUUACAAUUGGCAAGACUUACGCAAUUAUGAAUUCUGUUAGUCAAGUCGAAGAACUUAGUAUCUACCAUCAGAUUAAUCUGCCACUGGAUGUUUUCUGUCAUGUUGAUUUACGUACUCUUCGAGUUAAUGGCACUCCAUUUGUUUCACAAUUUGAAUUCGAUGAUGAUACUAUAUCAACUGGUUUAUCUCCUUUAAUCAGUCGUCUCAAUCAAUGA